UGCUUUAGAGUUGUUAAAAUCCUUACUGAGCACACCGCUGAGGAUGAGGUCAAUAGACUUGGUGUUUAUCGUCAUAUUAGUCAUCUCCAGAGAACUCUAUGCAGAAGAGAAACCUUGUGGUCUUCCUAAUGUGGAAAAUGGACGGAUUGCCCAAUAUUACUAUUCUUUUAAAAGUUAUUACUUUCCAAUGAGCAUACACAAAAAAUUGUCAUUUUCCUGCUUGCCUGGCUACACAACUGAAACCGGGAGACAAGAGGGGCAGACCACAUGUGCUGCAGGAGGCUGGUCCCCGGAGCCAAGGUGCCUCAGAAAAUGCACCAAGCCUGAUCUGAUAAAUGGUUACAUCUCUGAUGUAAAAAUACUGUACAAAAUUCAAGAGAGCAUGAGCUACAGUUGUGCUUCAGGACACAAAACCACGAGUGGGAAGGAUGAAGAGGUGGUGCGGUGUCUCGCGGAUGGGUGGUCCUCUCAGCCAACCUGCAGGAAGGAACAAGAAACGUGCCUGGCACCUGAAUUAUAUCAUGGAAAUUAUUCCACAACAGAGAAAAUAUUCAGAGUGAAGGACAAGGUGCGAUAUGAAUGUGCUACAGGCUAUUACACGGCCGGAGGGCAGACGGCGGAGGAGGCGGAGUGCCUCCCGUUUGGAUGGUCCCUCACGCCCACGUGUGCCAAAUUAACGUGCUCUUCUUUAAGAUUAAUAGAAAAUGGUUAUUUUCAUCCUAUAAAGCAAACCUAUGAAGAAGGAGAUGUAGUUCAGUUUUUCUGUCAUGAAAAUUAUUAUCUAAGUGGAUCUGAUUUAAUUCAGUGCUAUGACUUCGGCUGGUACCCAGAAUCUCCUAUAUGUGAAGGAAGAAGAAAUCGAUGUCCUCCUCCACCUCUGCCUCCAAACUCCAAAACUCAAACGUACUCGACAGCAUAUCGCCAUGGAGAAAUCAUUCACAUAGAAUGUGGACUUAAUUUUGAAAUACAGGGAUCAGAAGAAAUACGUUGUGAAAAUGGAAAAUGGACAGAGCCUCCGAAAUGCAUUGAAGAAAAGGAUAAGAUAGCCUGUGAGGACCCACCCUUGGUUGAGAACGGUGCCCCAAUGUCAUCUGCUACCAUUCAUUACAGUGGGGAUAAAGUGGCAUAUGGGUGUGGAAGCGGCUAUCAUCUCCGUGGAUCCGAAGAAAUCACUUGCACACGUGGAAAAUGGACACUCCCCCCUGAGUGUGUCGAAAAUAAUGAGAAUUGUAAGCCUCCACCUGAUGUAAUAAAUGGGGCUGUUGUUGAUGGGUUACUGACAAGCUACACGACAGGAUCCUCAGUAGAAUAUAGAUGCGAUGAAUAUUACUUAUUGAAGGGAGCAAAAAUAUCUCGUUGUGAACAAGGAAAAUGGUCACCCCCACCCGUUUGCUUAGAGCCAUGUGCUGUUAAUGUGGAUUUCAUGAACAGGAAUAACAUAGAGAUGAAGUGGAAGUAUGCAGGACAGAUCUUACAUGGAGAUAUGGUAGAUUUUGCAUGUAAACAGGGGUAUGACUUGUCUCCAUCGACCCCACUGUCUGAGCUGUCUGUGCAGUGCAAUAGAGGAGAAGUGAAAUAUCCUGUAUGUAUUAGAAAAGCAUCUGUAGGAAUGUGUGCAUCUCCUCCACUUAUUAAAAAUGGAGUCAUUAUUAGUUCAACAGUAGACACCUAUGAAAAUGGCUCCUCAGUGGAAUACAGAUGUUUUGAACACCAUUUCCUUCAAGGAUCUAAGGAGUCCUAUUGUGUGGAGGGAGUGUGGACCACCCCGCCAUUGUGUUUGGAGCCAUGCACAUUAUCUUUUAUUGAAAUGGAAAAGAAUAAUUUACUCCUGAAAUGGAAUUUUGACAAUAGACCAUCAAUUUUCCAUGGCGAGUAUGUUGAAUUUCUUUGUAGAAGAGAUACUUAUAUAGCUGAGUCAUCUAUUGGAUCUGAAGUUAGAGUGCAGUGUGACAGAGGGCAGUUGAAAUACCCAAGAUGUGUCCAAAUAAAAAGGACACUGUCUUAUCAAGAACCUUUAAGGACAAAGAAAUAAAUGGCAGAAAGAAGAAUAGUAGUCCAACACAUCAUAAAAUCCUUUGUAAAACAUCAUUUUUAAAGAAAAAUGUUGAAUUAAAAGCCUGUAAGUUUUUAGAA